UUACAGAAAAAUAUGUUGUGCUUAUGACACAAUUAGUCAUUAUGUAAGAUAUUUUAUUUUUAAAAAUAUGAAAAAGGUAAAAUAUGUACAUGUCCCAAAUAUACCUCCGUAAUAAUAUCGUUCGUGGAAAAGUAAACGAAAGUAAAACAAACCAGUGUGACAUUGAAUCAACAGUAUUUCAGGAUGGAGUGAGGAACUUGGGCAGGAAGUGGGCGCAGUUGAGGAAAAAUUCCUAGACGAACUACAGACGUAAACAAGGCGGUUAGUUUGUUGUUUUUUGAACAGUUCUUGGGAUGAGAAGGGGAGGAAGUGCCCAGAGGUUCGCUACACCAGAGCAGCACCCUUCUCUGUUGGUGGUCAAGAAUGCCCUUCAUUUUAUCGUGUCACACGGAGGGCAGUUGACGAUCUCCCAGCUUUUACCCCUGAUUCUUCAACACCCACAGCUCAGUUAUUUAGACAUCGGAAAUCUUUUACAAAUCCUACAGUCAUACUCUAAUGUGUUUGACCUUGUGGAUACCAGAAAAGGAAAGCCGCAGAUCCAGGUCGGCUUGGCGUUUGAGUUAGAAAUAUGUGAGCAGCCAAGAAAAUGUGGAGGCUACCCUCGAUGUACAGAACUACAUAUCUGUAAAUACUUUAUUCAAAACAAGUGCAGGGCAAAUCCAGCGAAAUGUUCCUUUGGGCACGACUUGCAUUCACAACAUAAUUUGCAAAUUCUGGAAAAAUUUAGCUUAGAUCAGAUAGAUCCAGAAGUAAUCAAAAAAUGGAUGCAGCAGCAUCACAACAAGAGAUCGAGGGCUUCCCGUCCACCGCAAGUCUGUACGUUCUACAACACCGCGGGAGGAUGCAGCAAAAAGGAUAGCUGUCCAUUUUUACAUCUCUGCAGCUAUUUUGUGAAGGGGAGCUGUAAAUUUGGUAACAAGUGCACUAGAAGCCAUGCUCUCCGGUCAAAACGGAACAAUGAAAUCUUUCGAGAACAUGGGAUCGAUCUGCGAUGUAAUCAGGAGGAAAUCCUUGAUAUACUCUCCGAGAGGAGGGCACAGGUUGACUACGAAAGGUGGUCUUCAGUAUCUACAGACCCACGUGACUCGGACACUGAUGACGUGUUUUCAAAUUCCGACAAGGAAGACGAGGAUGGGAUGACUCCAGGAAAACCAUUUCUAAUUAAAGCCAACUCGGACUGUAUAACGAUACAGUGGAAACACGUGUCUCAUUUGUCAGCAGAAUUCGAAUACCAAAUUCAGUACAAAGAGAUGCCUGACGGGAGAUGGAAUAUAUUCACCCAAACAAUAUCCCAUGAUGCAUCACGAGCCGCUGUAUCCGGUCUGAAGGCAAGCUCCUCCUACUCUUUCCGGGUUCGACUCGUGGACGCCAGAGAAGGUGAAGAAUAUCCCUUUAGUCGUGAAAGCUCUAUUUUUGAUACUCCCGAGUCUCCAGCUUUAAAAAUGCAGCGUUGUUCAAUUUUGGUGACGAGUGGAAAUCCAGAAAUUUAUCGACUACCUACAAAAAACGUCACGAGCGCCAGGAAUGACAAAAUAAAGUCAAAGAAGCUUUCUAUAGGUUCUGGGCGGCUUUGUGUAAGCGAAAAGACCAUCAUGUUGGUUGGAGCUACCGGAAGUGGAAAAAGCACCCUUAUUGACGGACUAGCGAAUUAUCUAUUUGAGGUGAACUGGGAAGAUAAUUUUCGAUUCACGCUAGUAAGCCUGGAACACGAGGAGAAGAGAAGACUUAAAGACCAGGCAGUUUCACAGACUGAGUGGAUCACAUGCUAUAGCAUUUAUCCCGAUGCGGCAACCAAAUUAGAUUACGCUCUGCACAUUGUGGACACUCCAGGAUUUGGCGACACAAGAGGAGUGCAGCGAGAUCAGGAAAUUAUCAAUCAGAUUCGAGAAAUGUUCCUACUUCCGGGAGACAAAGGGAUGGCUUGUCUCGACGCCGUCUGCUUCUUGGUGAAAGCCCCAGAUGCAAGGCUUACCGCAUCUCAGAAAUAUAUUCUGGAAGCCAUCUUGUCUUUGUUUGGGAGGGAUAUGGAGAAUAACAUCUGUACCUGUAUUACGUUCGCUGAGGCCCAAGAACCCCCAGUGCUGGCCUCCCUAGCAAAGACACGUUUGCCACAUAAAACCUUUUUCAAGUUUAAUAAUUCUGCUUUAUUUGCUGAAAAUAAAGACAGGGAUGGUCUGGCGCAUGCUUUCUGGGACAUUGGAAAGAAAAGUUUUGAUAAUUUCUUUGCCUGCCUAGAUAGAAUGGAAACAAAGAGCCUUCAAAUGACCAACGAAGUUCUAAAGACAAGACAAGAUCUAGAGAAUACAGUUCACAAUCUACAAAGCCUGAUUAAUGCCGGAAUGUCCAAAAUCGCAGUUUUGGAGGAGGAAAUGUCUAUUUUUGAGAAACACGAAGCAGAGAUACGAGAAAAUAAGGACUUUGUUUACGAAGUAACAGAGCAAGUCCAAGAUAAAGAGGAUAUAUCUGGAAAAGGACAGCACACAACGAAUUGCCUCACCUGCAAUUACACUUGUCAUGAAAAAUGUCAAAUUCCUGAGGAUUCUCGCAAAGACCAUUGUGUAGCAAUGGAUCAGGAUGGUACGUGUAAACAAUGUCCGGGGAAGUGUCAUUGGAGAGCUCACCAUAACACUCCCUACAUCAUCAGAUGGGUUUCGAAAACGGUUAAGAAAACCUAUCGUGAAAAGUUACAAAGAUAUGCAUCUGCCCAGGAGAAAGUUGGCACACAGAAACAGGUUCUUCAAAAGAUGAGAAAAAAUGUAAAAGCACUUGAAAAUGGAAUAGCUCAUCUUCUGGACACGAUAUCAGUCAGUAACAACAAGCUAAAUAAAAUCGCUUUAAAGGAGAACCCACUGAAUACGGCUGAGUAUAUAGAGUUAAUGGUAGAAGCUGAGAAGAGGGAACGAAAGUCGGGAUUUAUGUCGCGUAUAAAGGUCUUGGAAGAUUGUCGUCAAAAAGCGCUAAUUGGGCGUGAAGCUGCAGAUUUUCUACAGAAAGCCAGGCAAACAAGGUCCGCGUCUUCCAAACACUUAGAUGACACCGGAAGCGUAAUUGGUUCAGAGUCAUCUGUAGUCAGUAGAAUGUAUUCACUUAUGAACCUUGUGUAGAUUUAAAAAAAAAAAAAAGAAAGAGUGCGAUUGUAUGGAUGAGAAGAUGACUUUAGAAAAGACUUUCAUUGACACAAGUAAUGAGUAAAAUUAAACUACUAGUGUAUAAGUAAAAUACGGUUUAAU